AUGAAAUCGCUGCUUAUAUUGUCGGCUGAUUUAAAUCCAGUUGACCUUAUGAUAAGUAAUGUGACAAAGACUAACCUGUCUAUAUCCUGGAAUUACAAAAGUAAUUUGAAAACCAUUGAUUGGAUAACUGUAACAGCUAAAACACGGAGCCAAUCAAGUGGUUCUAAUUCCACUACUUGUACAGUUGCUAAUAGCAACACUACAGCCCAGUGUGGGGGUCUGACACCUGGCUGCAGUUACCAAGUGACAGUCGAAGUUGGAGGUGGUGGAUUGAAUGGGUCAAAUAGCUCAGAAACGAAUAUGGUACCUGCAAAGCCAGGUAUGCUUGUUGAGAAAGAUGGUUUGAUCGCCACUAAUGUUACCUUGACAUGGACUGAAAGUGCUGGAUGUGUAAGCAGCUAUUCAGUAAAGGUAUCAAAGAGCUAUGUAAUCAUUUUCAAUGGAAAUACACCAACUAAUACCAUCAAAAUAAAUGAACCCAACCUUCAACAUGGAGUGAACUACUCUGUUGCAAUAGUGGCAACAAAUGGCGACCACAACAGUACGGUAACAAAGGAUUGGUUCCGCACAAACUCUUCAAGACCAAGUGAGCCUAGAGAUUUGACGGCCAAUGCAACAGGCAAUACAAUACAACUGAACUGGACAGCGCCUCUGGAACCCAAUGGGGAUUUACAACAUUAUGAAGUCUGUUAUGAAUAUAAAAGCUACAAUGACACAAAUUUUGAAAAAAAUCAAUGUCAAAAUACUUCUUCAGCUGAGAAUAGUUUUAAACUCCAAGGUUUGGUUUCUGGCGCAUUCUACAACAUCAGUGUCAAAGCAUGGAAUGACAAAUAUCCGGGUUAUGAAUCAUUGAUCCAAAGCAGAACUGUUGAAGCAAAACCAGGCCAAGUUUGCAAUCUGACUGGGAGCUCGACCAACGACUCCGUCACCUUCACUUGGGGCCGUCCACGUUAUCCAAAUGGUGACAUUAAUGAGUAUAAGCUGGUGCUGGUGCUGAACUUGGAGAAUGCAAAUAUUUGUAAAGUUAUACUGCACGUAGAUGCAAAAAAUACAAGUCAUCCUGAGCCGUGGUGUCCAACUAAUUGCGCAGCUAACAGCUCAGAGAGCCCUUUACCAUUGGAAUAUAACCAGAAGAACAUGAAUGUUACCAUCUGUGGACUGCAACCAUAUACUAAUUACACAGCACAUGUAAAGGCAAGAACAGGAGCUGGCGAAGGACUUUAUUCUGAAAAAAGUGUUAUGACUAAAAUCGGUGCGCCAGGACCUGUCAGGAAUGUCAAGGUGACAUACAUAGAGAGCACAAUUGUGACAGUGACAUGGGACAUCCCGGAAAGGAACCCUGGUCCUGUGAACUACACAGCUGAGGCCAGAAGUGUCGUCCCAGGCAUUGACAAUAUUACUCGGACCUGCACUGCUCAGAACUUUACUUCCGAAAAUUGCACAAUUAUGGGACUUGAAGAGGACUGGAUGUAUGAAGUUUCUGUAACAGCAGCAACUUCGGGGGAAAUAAGUGAAGCUAGAUCCUGGAACUUUACUACACUUCCAGCAGCACCUGGUGCAGUGGCAGUAGUUUCGGUUGACUAUUUUAAUGACUCGACCAAUCAAGACAAUUGUGAUGCAAGCAAAGUCAAAGUUACCUGGUGGGAGCCAGGAUUAUUUGACAGAAAUGAUCGUAUUUUAUAUUACAAUAUAAAAUAUGAUAAUGCACCAGAUGAACUAUUUAUUGUCAGAGGCGUUGAUCGGUAUCGCAUGGAGAAUAGGAAAUUUUCUAAAGAACUUAAUGGGCUCACAGCAGAGAAACAUUAUGACUCAGAGAUCUUUGCUGUUGGGGAGGAUUUGACUGAAGGUGCCGAAAAAAAAUUCAGUUUUGUUACACAAACAUGUGCUCCGCCACCUUGGAAUAUCCAAAAACAUGGAACGAUACAAGAAGAUGGUUCCACCUUAUCAUCCGUUACUGUUACAAUGAAGGCUGCAUUUUUUACAAAUGAUGCACAAGGGGCAAUAAAGGCCAGAGGCCUUAUAAUAAGCAAGGAAACUGCUGCCACAUUGAGGACAAAGAGAAGUAACCCAGAGAACAAUUUAGAUGCAACAACAUGGAAAAAUGCUUCUACCAAUGAUUUCAAUUUUCCUUACAAAAUCUACCUAUCGGAAAACGAUAUUUCAAAUGGGGAUGUCACAGUUAUCAUUGGCACUGGAACCUGUGAUGUUGAAUAUUGUAAUGGUAAACUGCCUUCAGACACUCAGUUCAGGGUCUCCCCAUUUGCAUGUACUUUAACACUAUGCAGAGUUGGCUAUGCGUUUGGCCCCUUUGCUACCCAGCCCCUACCCCCAAAACCAGCAGAUAAAAGUGGUGUGAUAGUUGGUGUCUGUGUGGCCAUCGUCCUGGCUGCCGUCAUCAUUGCCUUUGCUGUGCUGUGGAAAAGAGGAGUUAUAGAUCCUAUUCAGUGGAAACAACGAUUUACAGGCAGACGAGGGUCUAGUGACAGCGAUUUUGAACCCAUAGAUGACACUGAUAGAUCGAUCCUGAUUGCAAAAUAUUCGGAAAUGUUAGAGGAGCUGCAUAAGGACACCAAUCUGCUGCUGUCUAACCAGUAUGAGGACAUCAAGAAGAAAGGGGCCCACAUUGAGGCCCACACAAGCUCAGAGGCCUCUAACCUGGAACCCAACAAGGCCAAGAACAGAUGGGUGAACAUCUUACCAUUUGAUCACAGCCGCGUGAAGUUACAGCAGUUAGAUGAUGAAGAUCCGACCACUGAUUACAUAAAUGCUAACUAUAUUCCUGGCUUUCACCACAAGCGUGAGUACAUAGCAACCCAGGGCCCGUUGCCAGGGACGAUAGACGACUUCUGGAGGAUGAUCUGGGAGCACCAGGUCAAGAUCAUCGUCAUGCUGACCCUGUGCAAGGAGGGGCAGAGGGUGAAAUGUGAAAAGUAUUGGCCAGAUGAGGUUAAUGAACCAAAGCAGUACGGAGAAGUCGUUGUCAAUCCAACAUCCAUGUCAAAUAUGGACAAGUUUGAUAUCAACAUCUUCACUUUGUCUCAUGGAGAGGAGUCGAUGAAGCAGCGUGUGACCCAGUUCCACUACUUGACCUUCCCAGACUUCAGUGCAGAUGUCGAGUUUGAACACUUCAUAGAAUUUGUGCGCACCGUACGAAGUCAUGUCCCACACAAUAUGAAGGAACCGAUGGUCAUCCACUGCAGUGCUGGUGUGGGACGGACUGGCACAUACAUCGCAGUGGACUAUCUACAGGAGUACCUAAACAGUCCAAAGUUCAACCUCAACGACCGAGUAAAUAUCUUCGACUUCGUCAUGAAGAUGAGAGAAAACCGUGUCAACAUGGUUCAGACUGAGUCCCAGUACAUCAUGAUCCAUGACUGUUUUGAGUCAAUGCUUGAGGACAAGAAGAAAUCCCUAGAAGCCAGAGUUUCUGUCAAUGAUGUCUAUGUCAACGAGGCAUUUGAGCCAGACGAGCAUCAGUAUGAAAACGUGAACAUGGAGAAGAAAGAAGAUGUCUAUUCAAACGUUGCCGAUAGCAACGGACAGACCAAUAGUGAGGAAAACACUGAACUAUGAAAACGUGAACAUGGAGAAGAAAGAAGAUGUCUAUGCAAACGUUGCCGAUAGCAACGGACAGACCAAUGGUGAGGAAAACACUGAACUCUGAAAAUGGGCAAGCACAUAUCCAGCUGUUGAUUGAUGUCUUUGAAAUCUGAGGAGUUGCAUAUUAGCCUCGUUCUGAAAAAACUGGUCUUCAAGCAUGUGUGUAAAAUAUCCCAGAUUAGCCUGUGCAGUCUGCAAUCAGGAAGACCACUUUCAGCUUUAAUGGAAUUUUUCGUUUAAAAGAAAUAUCUUCUAAAUGAAUAUCCAGUUUAGGUGGAUAUUGUCGUCCCUGAUAAUUAAAACUACACAGGCUUAUUUUGGACGACACUUUAUGCUCAUGCAUUAAGUCCCAGUUUUCCCAGAAAGAGGCUAAUAUUAUGUCUAAUAUGUAGUAAUUUAUGUAGUAUGUAGUAAGUCAUUGAUGCGAAGUCAUGUUAGAGUUUUGCAUUUUGCCUGUGUCAUAUCCGUUAAAGGUAUAUAUGACUUAUGAUUGCGCAUUACUUUGAUGAAACACAUUUGACCUUGGACAUUUUAGUUAUGACAUUUUGAUAAAGUAUUCUAUGACUUACAUUAUACUUAUGUCAUUUAGA